GUUAGGUGUCAAAUUAGACAGAGGGGCGGUCGUUGGCGGCCAUGAUGGGUGUCAGCGGCAAGUAGUGACGGCAUUCACUUUGCGUCAGUUGGUUUUGUGCGCUGAUGGUUGAGCUGAGGUUUUCUGGUUGAGAAGCGCACCAUAGGUCAAAACACUUGUACAUAGAAACGGUAGAUAGCCGCAAUAUUAUUUCGACUAAAUAACAGCGGCUAGAAAACCUCGGAAAGUUUUGGAAAACAUCAGAAAAAUGACGCAGUUACUACCCAUAAGGUUUCAAGAACAUCUCCAGCUUACAGCUGUUGGAAUUAAUGCUAAUAAUGUUAGUUUCAAUACACUUACUAUGGAAUCUGAUAAAUUCAUUUGUGUCAGAGAGAAAGUUGGUGAUACCGCACAGGUAGUUAUUAUCGAUAUGAAUGAUUCUGCUAAUCCUAUUAGAAGACCCAUUUCUGCAGAUUCUGCAAUUAUGAAUCCUGCGAGUAAAGUCAUUGCUUUGAAAGCGUUGAAAACACUUCAGAUAUUUAACAUAGAGAUGAAAUCAAAAAUGAAAGCUCAUACAAUGACAGAAGAUGUAGUCUUUUGGAAGUGGAUAUCUUUAAAUACUUUGGCAUUGGUAACAGAGACUGCAGUGUAUCAUUGGUCCAUGGAAGGAGAAUCGACUCCAAAUAAAAUGUUUGAUAGACAUUCUUCAUUAAAUGGCUGCCAAAUAAUUAACUAUAGAACUGAUCCAAAGCAAACUUGGCUUUUGUUAAUUGGUAUUUCUGCUCAGCAUAAUAGAGUGGUUGGUGCUAUGCAACUUUAUUCUGUUGAAAGAAAGUGUUCUCAGCCAAUCGAAGGACAUGCAGCUUCUUUUGCCCAAUUUAAAAUGGAAGGGAAUGCAGAACCAAGUAAUUUGUUCUGUUUUGCUGUUAGAACAGUACAAGGCGCAAAACUUCACAUUAUCGAAGUAGGUCAACCUCCUGCUGGUAACCACCCAUUUCCAAAGAAGGCAGUAGACGUGUUUUUCCCACCAGAAGCUGGAAAUGAUUUUCCUGUUGCAAUGCAAGUCAGCUCAAAAUAUGAUGUUAUAUAUUUAAUAACAAAAUAUGGUUAUAUACAUAUGUAUGAUAUUGAAUCUGCAACAUGUAUAUUUAUGAAUCGCAUAUCCGGGGAAACAAUUUUUGUUACUGCUCCGCAUGAAGCAUCUGGUGGAAUAAUAGGAGUAAAUCGAAAAGGUCAAGUAUUAUCUGUAUCUGUUGACGAAGAAAAUAUAAUUCCAUACAUAAAUGGAGUACUACAAAAUUCUGAACUUGCAUUGCGAAUGGCUGUAAGGAAUAAUUUGUCAGGAGCUGAGGAUUUAUUUGUGAGGAAAUUUAAUAUGCUUUUUCAAAAUGGGCAGUAUGCUGAAGCAGCAAAAGUUGCAGCAAACGCUCCAAAAGGAAUACUACGAACUCCAACAACUAUUCAACGAUUUCAACAAGUACCGGCAACACAAGGACAAACAUCUCCUUUGUUGCAAUAUUUUGGAAUACUUCUGGAUCAAGGGCAAUUAAACAAAUAUGAAUCUUUAGAAUUAUGUCGUCCAGUACUUGUACAAGGACGUAAACAACUUCUUGAAAAAUGGUUGAAAGAAGAUAAGCUAGAGUGUAGUGAAGAAUUGGGUGACUUGGUGAAACAAGCUGAUCCAACUUUAGCUCUUAGUGUUUACUUAAGAGCUAAUGUUCCCAAUAAAGUUAUACAAUGUUUUGCAGAAACUGGUCAGUUCCAAAAAAUUGUAUUAUAUGCAAAGAAAGUUUCCUACACUCCGGAUUAUAUAUUUUUAUUAAGAAAUGUCAUGAGAAUAAAUCCUGAUCAGGGUGUAGCAUUUGCCCAAAUGUUGGUUCAGGAUGAUGAACCUUUAGCUGAUAUCAAUCAAAUUGUGGACAUAUUUAUGGAGCAAAACAUGGUACAGCAAUGUACAUCAUUUUUGUUGGAUGCUUUAAAAAAUAAUUGGCCAAGCGAAGGAGCUUUACAAACACGUCUUUUAGAAAUGAAUUUGAUGUCUGCUCCACAAGUUGCCGAUGCAAUCUUAGGGAAUCAAAUGUUUACUCAUUACGACAGAGCUCAUAUCGCGCAAUUAUGUGAAAAAGCUGGAUUGUUACAGCGCGCUUUGGAACAUUACACUGAUUUAUACGACAUUAAAAGAGCUGUUGUACAUACACAUUUACUAUCACCAGAUUGGCUUGUUGGAUUUUUUGGAACAUUAUCUGUUGAAGAUUCUUUAGAGUGUUUGAAAGCAAUGUUAACUGCUAAUAUAAGACAAAAUUUACAAAUUUGUAUUCAAAUUGCAACAAAGUAUCAUGAACAGUUGACCACUAAAGCAUUAAUAGAUUUAUUUGAAAGCUUUAAAUCAUAUGAAGGAUUAUUUUACUUCUUGGGAUCUAUUGUUAACUUCAGCCAAGAUCAGGAGGUGCACUUUAAAUAUAUCCAAGCAGCUUGUAAAACUGGGCAAAUUAAAGAAGUUGAACGAAUUUGUAGAGAGAGUAAUUGCUAUAAUCCAGAACGUGUCAAGAACUUUCUCAAGGAAGCAAAAUUGUCUGAUCAGUUACCUUUGAUAAUUGUGUGUGAUCGAUUUGAUUUUGUACAUGAUCUUGUACUUUAUCUUUACCGAAAUAAUCUACAAAAGUACAUUGAAAUUUAUGUUCAAAAAGUAAAUCCAUCACGUUUGCCAGUCGUGGUGGGUGGUUUAUUGGAUGUUGAUUGUUCAGAGGAUAUAAUAAAAAAUCUAAUUUUAGUUGUGCGUGGGCAAUUUUCGACCGAUGAACUUGUUGAAGAAGUUGAAAAAAGAAAUCGUUUAAAACUCUUACUUCCAUGGCUAGAAUCUCGUGUUCAUGAAAGUUGUGUUGAGCCUGCAACACAUAAUGCACUAGCAAAAAUAUACAUUGAUAGCAACAAUAACCCUGAAAGAUUUCUCAAAGAAAACCAGUUUUAUGACAGUAGAGUAGUAGGCAAGUAUUGUGAAAAACGUGAUCCACAUUUAGCAUGUAUUGCAUAUGAGCGCGGUCAGUGUGAUCGGGAAUUAAUAAGCGUAUGCAACGAAAAUAGUCUUUUCAAAAGUGAAGCAAGAUACUUGGUACGGCGCAGAGAUCCUGAUUUGUGGGCGGAAGUUCUUCUCGAAAGCAAUCCGUACAAAAGGCAAUUAAUAGAUCAGGUUGUGCAAACAGCUUUGUCAGAAACUCAAGAUCCUGAAGAUAUAUCAGUUACUGUCAAGGCCUUUAUGACUGCUGACUUACCAAACGAGCUAAUUGAACUACUUGAGAAAAUUGUACUCGAUAGUAGUGUUUUUAGCGAUCAUCGUAAUUUACAAAAUCUUUUAAUUCUAACAGCAAUAAAGGCUGAUCGUACGCGUGUAAUGGAAUAUAUAAAUCGAUUGGAUAACUAUGAUGCUCCGGAUAUUGCUAAUAUAGCUAUUAACAAUGAAUUGUACGAAGAAGCUUUUGCUAUCUUUAAAAAAUUCGACGUCAAUACAUCAGCCAUUCAAGUUUUAAUUGAGCAAGUUAACAACUUAGACAGAGCUUAUGAAUUUGCUGAAAGGUGUAAUGAACCGCCAGUAUGGUCUCAAUUAGCUAGAGCACAGUUGCAACAAGGAUUAGUUAAAGAAGCCAUUGACAGUUUCAUUAAAGCAGAUGAUCCAUCAGCAUAUGUAGAUGUAGUGGAGACUGCUCAUCGAACUUCUCACUGGGAGGACUUAGUACGUUACUUGCAAAUGGCUCGCAAGAAAGCACGUGAAUCUUUCAUAGAAAGCGAAUUAAUAUAUGCAUAUGCGAGAACUAACAGACUUGCAGAUCUUGAAGAAUUUAUUUCCGGCCCUAAUCAUGCUGAUAUACAAAAGAUUGGCGACAGAUGUUUCGAUGACAAGAUGUACGAUGCUGCUAAACUUUUGUACAACAACGUAUCAAAUUUUGCACGAUUAGCUAUUACGCUCGUUCACUUGAAAGAAUUCCAAGGUGCCGUUGAUAGUGCUCGUAAAGCCAAUUCAACUCGUACAUGGAAAGAAGUUUGUUUCGCUUGCGUCGAUAGCGGAGAGUUUAGAUUAGCACAAAUGUGUGGAUUACACAUAGUUGUACAUGCUGAUGAACUUGAAGAUUUAAUUAAUUAUUACCAAGAUCGAGGACAUUUUGAGGAACUUAUUAAUCUCUUAGAAGCAGCGUUAGGACUUGAAAGAGCACAUAUGGGAAUGUUUACUGAAUUAGCUAUACUUUAUAGCAAAUAUAAACCUCAACGAAUGAGAGAACAUCUUGAACUCUUCUGGUCCCGCGUUAAUAUACCAAAGGUACUUCGUGCAGCAGAACAGGCACAUUUAUGGGCAGAACUUGUAUUUUUGUAUGAUAAAUAUGAAGAAUAUGAUAAUGCAGUACUUGCAAUGAUGCAACAUCCCACUGAAGCCUGGCGAGAAGGUCAUUUUAAAGAUGUGAUUACUAAAGUGGCAAAUGUCGAACUUUAUUACAAAGCUAUACAGUUUUAUGUUGAAUAUAAACCUCUACUUUUGAAUGAUAUAUUACUCGUACUUGCUCCACGUAUGGAUCAUACAAGAGGAGUUGCAUAUUUCAAACGGACAGGGAAUUUACAACUUGUAAAACCAUACUUAAGAUCAGUUCAAGCUUUAAACAACAAAGCAAUUAACGAAGCAUUAAACGGUCUACUUAUUGACGAGGAAGAUUAUCAAGGUCUUAGAACGUCGAUCGACGCGUUUGAUAAUUUUGAUAAUAUCGCACUAGCACAACAAUUGGAGAAGCACGAAUUGAUUGAAUUCAGAAGAAUUGCUGCAUACUUGUAUAAAGGAAAUAAUAGAUGGAAACAAUCAGUGGAACUUUGUAAGAAAGAUCGACUAUUUAGAGAUGCUAUGGAAUACGCAGCAGAAUCUCGAAAUACCGAAGUUGCCCAAGAAUUAUUAGAAUGGUUCUUGGAAAGAGGGUCGAAAGAUUGUUUUGCAGCAUGCCUGUUUCACUGUUAUGAUUUGCUUCAUCCAGAUGUUAUUCUAGAACUUGCAUGGAGACAUCGUAUCUUACACUUUGCCAUGCCAUACCUUAUACAAGUCGCACGAGAAUAUAUUACUAAGGUUGAUAAACUGGAGGAAGCUGAAAGUCAACGUCUUGAAGAAACUGAUCAUCAAGAACACAAGCCUAUGAUUAUGCCGGAACCUCAGUUAAUGCUAACGGCAGGACCAGGUAUGAUGGCAUCUGGUUAUACACCACAAGGUGUAUAUGGUGCACCUCCACAGAAUGUUUAUGCGCCUACUGCAGCAGCAGCAUACCAAGGUUAUGGUAUGUGAAAUUCAAUGUGCAACGCAUUAAAUAACAGAGAUCAACAAAAUCUACUUUUCUAUAAUAUGUAGGUAGAACAAGAUUAUUUCAAUAGCCCAUAAUUAUUAUUAAAUGCUGACACAAUAUCGUUAAAGAGAAAAGCAUUGCUGCGAAACAAUUGUAAUAUAAUAAAGAUAAUAAAUUCAGAGUAAAUUACAAAAUAUUUAAGCGCGAAUUUCUAGUUUAUGGGUAACGUUUAUAAAACGAUUAAUUUACUGUUACAAUAAUCAAAGAGUACCAUAUUAUUUACUAAAAUAAAACCAUAUUAAAAAAAUACAUAAUUUGCAAGUAUGCAUCAUGCAUGAAUCUUUAAGCAAACAUGCAAUAGUUAAUUUUAGUAAUCCAUAUUGUAUUGAAACUUUCUCAAGUUAAAUUUGAUUAUUUCAUGUUACUUUGCAAAGUAAUCAUUACAUAGUUUUACAUAUAUAUCGAUGUAUUAUGUACGUACGUGCCUUUGUUUAAGUAUUGAACAGAAUUUUAGUUUAAGGUAACGUAAAAUUAAUGGUCUUAAAAAAUACUUGUAAGUUUCACUUUAAUAAAUAUGUCACGAAAUUAUAAAGUGCUUCCUCUUUGGUAAAAAGAUAAAAAGAAAAGGAAAAAAAAAAUUUGGCUAAUUAUGUGUAAAUGACCAUUAAAAAAAACAAAAAUCCAAAAUUGAUGAUUGUAUCCAUUCAUGGAAAAUGGUAAAAAAAUAUUCUAAUAUAUCAUUUUUAGUAGGAAAAUGAAUCUGUUUAGAUUCAUUAAAAAGUUGUUGUCAGAGUUAACUGUAUGAGCCUCAAAAUACUUAGCAAAAUAAAGAAAAAAAGCGGCAUAUAUCAGUACAUCAGUAUAACAACAAGAAAAAACGAAGCUAAGUCUAAACUCUCUAUAAUGUAUCUAGAAACUUAAUAUAGUGAGAUAUAAAACGCGUUUAUCUGUCUAUCAGUGUAUACUUUAGUGUCUGUGUCGUUGCUGUGGCUUGCAUAAAUAAAAAUUUAGUAUCUGGCCUGGCAGCCAAAAUAUGAAAUAUAGAAUAGCAACGUUGUUAUAUACUCUGCUAAAAAAAAAAAAAACCGAUAAUGAAGAUAAUUCUCUGAUAUACUCUUACUAAACGAAGCAAAUAUUUAAUCCAUUAGAAAAGAACGAACUUUUUAACAAUUCCGUCAUAUUGAUGUAUGGAUAUAUGUACUAAGACUUGUUUAUGUUGGUUUACAAUAUUACUACCUUAUAUUUCUUUGUAUACGUUAAAUUAAAGCAUGUAACGUCUGUAAAAAUAUUUGAAGGUGUUAAGACAUAUAAAUUAAUUGUACUUUCGUUUAUUAACGUGUUUAGUCUUUAGAAGUGUAAUUUGAAGUUUUUUUUUACUUAUUAUAUUUGGUUUAUAUAAUGUAUGUAUAGUAUCAUCCUAUCCGGAUGUAUUAUUCGUUAUAUCAUUGUAUUAAUGUAUAAUGAAAUUAUAAUACAAAUAUUAAUGUAUGUUGAGAGGUCAUAUUCCAAUGCAUAUGUAGAAACUGACAGAAUCGUAUUGUUAACGUUUCUGCUCGUUACACAUUGUCUGUAUAAAAUGCUCUAGUAACAGAUCAGGAUCAGUGUAUAAGAUAUACCGGAAAAAUUACAUUUUUCCUAACACAUCUUACAUUCAAUGUUCCUAAAAGAGCAAUCUUAUUGCAUAAUACAUUUUAAGUGACAUUUUCUUUUGUCACAGAUCUUAAAAUAAUUGAGAUAUUCACUUAUAAAUUGUUCUCAUGAUUCAUAAGUAUAAAACGAAAGUUGGAAGUUGAAGAACUAUAAUAUAACAAUGUAACAGAACAUUUUCAAAUAUAUUUGAACAAUGUUUGUUGCAAUAAUUGUCUAUCAUGACAAAAUGACUUUCGUUUGAUAUGUAAUGAGUGCAGUAAUUUUAGCUGCAUGUAUUAAAUAAAGGUGUUAAAAUUAGAUGAUGCGAACGAGAAUCUGUAACAUUCCUAAUAAUCACUUCAUCUUCAUUGAAAUUAUGUAAUGAAUAAAAUUGUAGAUUAAAAAGUGUAUUUAAUGCCGUUUUGAAAACAAAUAGUAAUGUAAUUGUAUCAUUGUUUGGAUAUUACGAAUUAUA